GCCAAGAGAAGAGACGAUGGUUUUAUUUCAGUGGCGAAUUAAGCUCCAAAUUGAUCACCAAGCAAGCAAGCAUGGCUUCGGCUAUUCUUUCUCUGCCCAAACCAUCUCCUCUGCAGGUUCAGCUUCAUGCUUUUCAAUGUCAACGACGACGACAGCCAAAUGGAAAGCAUUUGGCAGAGUUCUCAGCUCUCCCCAAGCCAUCAGCCCGCCUUCCUUUCCGAAGGAAGACCUCAAACCAUCAGGAGAUGCUGAAAAGUAAAGUGGUAGCAUCUCAAAGAAAAAGAAACAUUGCCUGGUCUGCUUUGCAAGAAUCAUCCACUUCCACUGCUGAUGCUGAUGCUGCUGAUCCAAGUACGAAGGAGGUUAAAACAGCUGAUCAAAAAGCAGCAGCUCCGGCGAAGCCUAAAGUUGCAGCGAAAGCUCCAGUGAAGGCGUUGCCUCAAAUGAUGGAGGAGGACGUUAUCCCGCCAUUGAAAGCAAUACUCCAAACUCAAGAUGAACUCUCUAAUAUUGAGCUUUGUUUUCAAGACAACAGGCUGGAAGGUUCCUUUAUAAAGAAGGGCAAUCCCUACUCGUUUUGGGUCUUCUUUCCCAGUGGAGUCCUCGCAGGUCCAAAGGGGUUUUCGCUGUCUUCGUAUGGCUCAGAAGCGAGCACUGUUGAGCCUUUUCUCGUUGAUGAGAAGAAAAUCACAGCAAAACAUAUUGUCUUUUGGGUUGAAAAGCGUUUAGCCGCUCAAGGAAUCAUUCCUGUCUGGAAAUUAGAUUAGUUUCAAAUAUAUUUGAAAGUCCAUUGUCGAACUCAGUCGAUGCUCAGAGGCUAUGAUGAGUUUACCAAGGAAAAAGGAGUUUCAGAGCUUGAGACAUUGUCGCUGAUUACUCAGGGCAGUUGAACUUUGAUACCUCCGAAUUCCAAUAAAAUUACCAUCCAAAUUCCAAAA